GUACAGUGGCGACUGUUGUUGCGAGCGCACCGACUGGGGAAAAACUAUUAGUUUUAUUAACAUAGCACAUAGCGGAACAUUGUGUAAAGCACGCGCGAGUCUGGUCUUUCGUCUCACUCUGCUCCACACACACGAACACACGAACAGAGAGAAAUACCUGUAAAGCAGGCGAAGACUUCGUUUGUUGGUUGCAAAAAAACGGUGCAUGGAAAAUUCGAAAAUCUUUUUGUUUUUGUUAAACAAAGUUUGCCCUUGCGAACCUAGUGUCAACUCAAAACAUAGAGCCAUAGUCAGCUUAUUCAAAAACCUCAUUCUUACACCAGCAAACCUUACGGAAGGAAGUAUACAGAAAACAUCUGUGCUCAAAAAAUCGAUCCAGACAAAAAGUGAACUAUUUUUACGGGGUUAAAAACAAUUCACAUUUAUUUUCGUUAUAUUUCGGCUCGCACAAUAAUUCUAAAAGAGAAACACACGAAAAUAGCUUCAGUUUCAGCUACAGCUACAGCUUCACGAGUCGAGUCGAGUCGAGUGUAAUCGGUGUAUUACGUUGAUAGUAAAAAUAAAAGCGCAACAACCGCGGUGCUUAGUCAUCCGUGCAUCCGUGCGAGAGAUAGUGCGCUGCUGCGAGAUUCGCUGAGGAGGUAUCUCCCAUACGAAUUCCAUUCGAAGGAACUCCAAGCCUCUCAUAAUUACGAAAUUGCAUCAGUUGAAACAACGCCUACAACGACACGCCAGUGAUUACAACAAAAGCAACAACUACAUACGUCAGAGACAACAACGUCAAGGCGAAUCGGUAACAACAACAACAACAACAACAACAACAACAACAAUUACAACCACUAGAUAUAUGUGUAUAUAGAGAUAUAUCGUGGUAACCUGUUGUUUGUUCGCCACUCAACCUCUCUACGUGCCCCCAGCCGCAUCUGAAAUUGGUCAUUUGUGUGCGGUUUACAUAUAGAGAGCAGAGCGUAGACGGAGCGGCAGGCACACCUGUUUGGUGGCGACUGGAACCCGUGGACUGGACUGGGACUGCGACUGCACGGGUCACUGGAAAGCAACACACAAUGACGCGCCUCACAGAGGAAAUGGUCAUAGCUCGGUCCAAGCAAUCGGAUCUGGGCCUAAUUACAAAACUGAAUUGCUGGGGAAGUGAUCUCACCGAUGUAUCCAUCAUCAAGCGCAUGCGUGGUGUCGAGGUGCUGGCGCUUAGCGUCAAUAAAAUCAGCACCUUGGCGCACUUUGAAGACUGCUCGAAGCUGCAGGAACUAUAUCUGCGCAAGAACCACAUUCAGGACAUCAAUGAGAUUGCUUACCUGCAGAAUCUGCCAGCACUGAGGAACCUCUGGCUUGAGGAGAAUCCAUUCUGUGACCAGGCCGGCGCCAACUAUCGGGCGAUCGUAUUGCGCGCUUUGCCCAAUCUGAAGAAACUCGAUAAUGUGGAAGUCACACAGGAGGAGGUGGACGAUGCCUUGCGUCGCGGUGGCAGCGUCGGCGGUGGCGGCGGCGGCGGCGGCGGCGGCAGCGGUUCGGUGCCCGAGGAUGAGGUGUACGAAGAUGCCUAUGAGGUACGACAGCAGCAGCGUACAUCGCCGCAGCAUAGCUACCCCACACACUCGCCGCCACCGCAGCAGCAGCAGCAGUAUCAUCCACAGACGCAGCAGCAACCUCAACAACAGCCACAGCAGCAGCGCCAGAGCUCGAGUCCCAUCAUGCGAGAGCCGCUUUUGUUAGCCAGCCCGCCGGGCAACCACAGCUGCGAAGGGACCAUCACACACAGUGCCAGCGAUCUAGGUGGCAGCCAGGUGCUGCCAGUGCAUGGCUCCAAGCCCCCAACACCCACCAAGGAACCCGUGCAUCCGCCAUCGCCCAUGUAUAACACGUUAACCAAAGAGCAGCGCACUUCCUAUCAGCAAUACGAUCGCUCGCCGGGCUCUGACCAGGAGAGCAGCCCAAAUGCUGGCUAUCGGGAGGUGCGACCAGCGCCCAUCCCGCCCAGCAUAUCCGCACAUUCGAUGAAGGAAUACUAUCAGUCGGAUCGCCCGACCUACCCGGCACACUAUCGCCAUAGCCAGACAGACCUCACCGAAUGGGAGGAGCACCAGCAGCACCAAGUGCCGCAGGUCCACCACAAUCCGUACGGCAGCCAGAUGCUGAACCACCCACAACGUCGCAGCGUCGGUCCCGAGAGUGGAGAUCGUUUCACUGGCUACCGGAAUGGAAGUGCGCGUGAGAACGGAGGGGAUUGGGACCCAGAGGAGAGGCCACGAUCAAGCAGACGGCCGGAGGGUCGCUACAGCGAUUCCACUAACAACGUGUCAGCCUCUGUGGCGAAUCAUUACUCGGGCUAUCAUCGUCGACCCAUUAACCGGAGCUCCAAUCUAUUGUCUGCCACGCUCUGCCUGGUCAAAGAGCUUGACUACGCCAGCCUGGAGGUGCUCGAACACGCCGUGCGGUGUCGCAUCGAUGAGCUAGCGACUGAAUGAUGAAGACGUCUUUCUAAUCGGAUGUCGAUUAGCUAAUCCCUGUCGCGUACCCUGGCCCGCGCACGGGAAUCAAACAAAAAAGACCAGAACAGAACAUAUACGAGCACAAAAGACACUGUGGGAGCAGGAGCUGCCGCUGGGAGCAAAAGCGACGGCUGUUGACAUGAGGAGCCCUUCGAAAUCUAUUAUACUAACGUCUAAAGCUACAAACCCAACAAAUACUUAACGAUUCAUACUUGCCAAUGUAAAUUACGAUAUACUAGGUUAACAAGUUUUCUAAGAAUAUUGCUAAGGGGAAACCAGUACAGUAGGAGAUAGAUUGAGGGAUUGAUAUCCGAAAUAUGAAGCUAAGUUUCGUUUCGAUGAUACGCCUGUCGUUUUCAACCCAUUUAUUUUGUUAACCACCUCCUAGCGAUCACCGAUCGGGCACUGACCACUGACUAGCCUUCUUUUGUACUUAAUAUGCGAGGAUCGUACUAAUUAACUAACGCCCAAGGCGCAAGCACAAUGCAUCUUCCUCGUUUAAUUAUAAAUUAGUUGAAAUGUAUACUCAUGAAUUUGUUAAAUAUUUGUACUCGACCGACCACUAAACUAACGUGACUUUUAAAUUAAUUUAAUUAUAGAGAAAAAACCACGUCCAGUUUAUGUUUGCCUUCUUCUGUCCAAUGAUUAUGUUU